AUGGAAGAAGCUGGUGGGGUAAAGCUCUUCGGAUUCUGGGUAAGCCCAUUUGCUCAAAGGGUGAAGUGGGCACUGAAGCUAAAAGGCAUUCAGUAUGAAUACAUAGAAGAAGAUAAAUACAAUAAGAGCCCUUUGCUGUUGAAAUUGAACCCUGUUUAUGGAAAGGUUCCUGUUCUUGUUCACAAUGGAAAGCCAAUUUCAGAAUCCAUAAUCAUUCUUGAAUACAUUGAUGAGGUGUGGAAACAGGCUCCCCUGUUGCCUCAAGAUCCUUAUGAAAGAGCCCAAGCACACUUUUGGGCUAAAUUUGCUGAAGAGAAGGUUAGACAAUCUGUGGUGGAAGCUAUGUGUUCUAGUGGUGAUGAAAAGCAGAAGGCAGUAAAAUUAGCAGUGGAGGCGUUUGAAGAGUUUGAAAAGGAGCUAAAACGAAGAGGGACAAAGUUCUUUGGAGGGGAAACAAUUGGUUUUGUGGAUAUUGUAGCUGGCUGUAUUUCUUAUCAACUGCCCGUGCAUGAGGAAGUUGGAUCCCUCAAGAUUCUUGACUCAUCAAAGUUCCCAGCCAUUUCUGAGUGGACCAGAAAUUUUCUCAACCAUCCACUGAUUAAUGAAGGUUUACCACAAAAAGAUCAGAUGUUUGCUUAUUACUCCAAACGUAGCAAAGAAAUAGCUUAUCAGAAAAUGUCUCACAAGACUGUUUAG